AUGGAACUGGCUUUAGUGUCUGUGUUUCUCUUAACAGAUUCACCAGAUGUUGAAAACCAGCGUGAUAUUCUCUUGGGGUACCAUAUUUUGUAUGAAAUGUGGGCGGGUGAAUCAUUGCCAUGGCGCCAGACCAUUCUGCUGACUUCCAUUCCCUUGCCUCAUGGGUCUGGACAACUACUUGUCGCUCAUUUAACGAUUGAAAAAUUUUGGACUGGAUUUUCCCUCAGGUAUGUCGACUCUGCCGAAAAGGGUUCAGAUAAGGUUGUUAAGAGAGUUUACUUACAGGUGGACGAUUCAAGAAGCGAUGUCUGUUUAGCGACUGGUACUCAAUUAAGAUUAAACUUACGAGUUACUUCCCAGCGUAAUAAAAAAAAAGCUGCAGAUCUUUUAAUCGGUAAAUUUACGAAACAGCCACAAUCCUGGAAAUAUUACACAGACAAAAAAUAG